AUGUCCCUGAAUGAGGUUAUUCUCUGCGACUGUGCAAAUUGCUACCAGGAUGACGAAGACUACCGAUGGAUGUCCAGGAAAGCAGUUAACAAGCACCGGGAGCGUUACGGCCGUGGCCCUUCCUCCACCUCACUUCCACCUGCCCCGCCACCUCCCAGCUCAGCACCAAGAGAAGGGUCAACUCAACGUGUUCCGUCACCCAAUCUGCAUGAAGAAAACUCUCGACUCUCUGAUGAACACCCCUUCAACGAUGAUUUGGAUGACUGGAAUCACUCAUCACCUGCUUGUGACCAACGUGGAAGGGACGGGCCGUAUUUCCCCAACAACGAAGAAGAGGAGGAUGAUCAACUUGGGGGCCUUCGCGAGGGCGAAAGGAGGAAGGUGAACGAGGAGGAGGUGGAGGAGGAGGAGGAAAUGAUCAACCCUAACCGACCGCCCGAUACAACCUGGGGGCCUGCAUUCAAUUUCAGCAACAUGGAGAGCACUGAAGACAAUGAGAAACCCCGCUCGCAAGCCCCAGCCUAUCACGGACAUCGCAAGGAGCUGCCCCACAUCCGAAUGGCUUACCUGCAGGCUGUUCUCAACAACGUCACUGGACACCUGCCUGUUCGUCUCACAAACUCAAAUCUCGCCUCCACAAUCGACAUGUUUGAGGUUGCCGGCACUUUACCUGACCUUCCUGUGCCAGCCAGAACACUCCAAAGCGCCAAACGACGGCUGGGAAUCGACCCUGACGAGUACAUCAUUCAGUUUGCUGCCUGUCCCAAGUGCUGGAAGCACUACACGCCGAAGCAGAUGCAACACCUCGAGUCUCCCGCAUGUACCGUGGAGGGCUGCCCUGGGACUGUCUACGACACUUAUCUCAACGCCGAGAAGAAGGAGAAGCGUCGGCCUGUGAUGAUCAUCCCCCAUGUUCCCCUCCUUGUUGCGCUCCAGUCAAUCUUGGGAAGGAAGGGGAUGCGAGAGAUGAUACGGGAUAGCCGUGGCCAACCGUUGGAUCAGAACAGCGACCCCAACUUCGUGAUGUCCGACAUGCACGAUGGUACGAUGUGGCAGGAACUUCGCACCCAUGUCCAUCGCCAAGUUGGGAACCACGGGACAGUACAGGACUUGGAUGAGCAUGGGGGAGAAGGCAGGCGGUUAACAGAGCACCGCUUUGGCCUCCAUCUUGUGGUCAACAUUGACUGGUUUGGUGCGCUUAAGCGACCACAUUCGACAGGCCCCAUCUAUAUCUCCAUUGCAGACCUACCUCGAGAGCUCCGAUUUCUGCAACGCAAUGUCAUCUGUACUGCCAUAACACCGGGUCCCAAUGAGCCAACAACCGAACAGCUCAAUCAUGUUAUGGAGCUUACCGUGCGUGACGCUAUGCGCUUAAAACAGGGAGUGCGUAUGGAAAUGUGGAAUGACACGGACACCGAAGUGAUCGAAGAAGAUGUGUAUGCCGACUUUCUGUGCGACAACUGUGACACGCCAGGCGCUCGUAAAUUUGCAGGAUUUGCGGGCCACACUGCCGACCUCCACCCCUGUCCUUGGUGUGAUUGUACAAGCCUGGAUUUUAGCGAAGACAAGGGAUACGACACUUAUUCAUUUACCUCGAAGAACGACAGUACUCUCCUCAAGCAAAAGUUUUAUUCUCGGAACUCGUCGUCUGCCCGUCAGGCCACCAUUCUAGAAGAUCACGGUGUUCGCUGGGCAAUGUUCGAUGCCCUUCCAGGCUGGAAGCCUGCAACCCAGACGGUGUUGGAUUUCAUGCACGCCAUCUAUCUUGGCGUUGUUGCAUGGCUGUUCACCCGCCUCCUUUUUGGUGCUCACAUGUUUCCUGGGCAAUUGAAACGGCGCUUUGAGAAUGUAAUUAAUGGUAUUCAAUGGCCCAGUCAUGCUACAAGACUUCCGAAAAAUCUUGGGGAAAACCCGUCCCUUAAGAAGGCCGAUGAAUGGCGCCGCCUCCUGACGGUCACGCCACCCGUACUUUGGUAUGCCUGGAUGGACCCCGACGGCACUAUUCCAGACACAGAACCCCCCCUCCCACCAAAUGCAACCCUCAAAACUGCUCACUCGCGCAAGCGAGCAAGCUUGUAUGUAAUUAUCCUCCUUUUGUGCGCCGCCAUCCGCCUUCUUUCAACAAGAACCAUCUCCAUGUCACAAGCGGAGACUGGUCAAGCCUACCUCUCAUCGUACUGCAUCAAGAUGCUUCAUUUAGGAGCAAAACUUUCGCCAAACCACCACUUUGCCAUGCACCUCGCCACGAUGAUCAAACGAUUCGGUCCUGUUUACGCGUGGUGGCUGUUUGCCUUCGAACGCUUUAACGGCUUACUCGAGAAGGUUAACACCAAUGGCCAUGAUGGUGGACGGAUAGAGCUCACCCUCCUUCGUAACUGGGUUCAAGCCCAUCUCCUUUACAACCUGCUCAUUCACCUUCCGGAUGACACCCCUCAGAAGGAACGCGACCUCAUUGAUCAGCUGGUCAAGGCUGAAGCAGAUCGAGGGGGAAUGGCCGUUGAGAUCGCUAUGUUUGCAGCUGAGGCCUCGAACGAACGCGUCCGGCUCCCCAAACAGCUCCCCAAGUCCCCCAUCGACAUCCACAGUGUUCGGCUUUCCCCAGAUGGCCAUGAUGGGACCUCGGCACACGAUUUGCUGUUCGCCUACUGCCAGAAACUAUGGCCUGACGUCAAUCUUCGCCGCCAGUUUACGGCCAAUAUCCAACCAGGAUCGGUUCCGUUUGUAGGCAAUACUGUCGCUCGUCGAUUGGCCUACAUCAAAAAGGAUGGCAUUCGCUUUGGGUCCAGGAAUGGUGCUCGUGCUCCUGUAUCAAUUGAAGACAUCUGGCUGCUCCAUAUCCCUGAAACCAACAAACCGGCCCACGUCUGCCUACUUGUCAGACCUUUCGACAUUGACCCAGCCAUUCUUGUCCCUUGGAGAGCGUUUGCUUCCCUUCUUGGUAUCUAUACCUCUGUCGCAAACAAGUAUAUCAAAUACGAGGUCAUUCCCGCAACAUCUAUCGACUGUGCGUUGGCUCUGGUUCCUAUACCAUUCAACGAUGGGAGAGAAUUAUGGGUAUCGGUUUCAUUUGAUCGGGUAUCUACUGAGCCAGAGGAAGAGUUUGAGGGAUAA